AGUUCUUUCUUCGAUAUUUUUGUUUACAAGUGGUUUUUUUUAAUAAAAAAGAAUUUUUUGCUUUAUUUUUAGUGUGGGAUGAUAAUUGUUUGGUGGUUCAUAGUUCAUCUGCCUUUUACGUUAAGUCAUACACAAAAGACACACUAUUAUACCUGUCCAAUCCAGCGAAAACGGUCAUACUGUGGCCGGCUACAGUAAUCAGAGGCAAAGAAUUUAAAGCUCUUCUAAACAGAAGGUAAUAUGGAAUCAAUAUGCCACGGUCGUGAUACUCACGAUGACUAUAACGACCAUGAUUAUUGUACUGCGGAAUCUUUGGCCACGGGUUUGGAAACAAAUGUGCCACAACCAGAGCUUUCAUAUAACAAGACCAAGAAAAUCGUUUAUGAAGCAUCUUCAAAACCAGUAAAAGUAAGAGUGGAAGACUUUGGGAAAUGUUGCCGUCUUUGUCUUACACAGAACGGGCACAUGAUACCCCUGGCCGGAGCCUGUCUCAAUCUCAUGUUGCAGGAACUCUACAACAUUCAGAUACACAUCGAUGAUGGGUACCCACAGAAUAUUUGCAAAAGAUGCAGCACAAAAGUGAGCUCUGCCCAUUGUUUUUACAAACUGGUGUUCAAAAGUAAACAGGAGCUUACAGAUGUUUUGAUGGCCAGUAAAAUGCUAGUCACAGAUAAAACUAGCCAAGUUAUUGAUGAUGGUAGCCACUGUGAGGAUCCCGGGACUUUGGAAAUGGCUGAGAUGUGUUGUGAUAGUAAUACAAUGCAUAUUUUAUCAGACACUACCAGAAAAGCUAACGAAAUGAUGAUAGAAGGCUGCUUAAAGAAGGAUUUUUCGUCAAAGAACCUUAUGAUAGAAAUGGCUACUCUUCAAAAGAAUUUGCUGGAUUUUCACGAUGAUGAAACGACACAGAACUGUUGUCAAUCAGAUGCUGAAGUAAAUGAAACAAAUGAAGGGUGUCAACAAAAACAUUCUGAAACAAACCUUGAAGACAUAGACAAAGAAGCUAAAGCACAGACAAAACUGAUGAAAACUAAAUGCGAGUUAUGUGGAAAGAUAUACAAGACACUAGACAUGUUGCUUUCUCAUAACGAAAUGGCACAUAAGGAAAAUAAAGUGCACCUAUGCUCGUAUUGUGGCAAAAGAUUCUCGUGGGCGUCGUCGCUGGCACGCCACGCGCGCACGCACACGCGGCGCGGGCUGCACGCGUGCGCGGCGUGCCCCCGGGCCUUCACCACCAGGAGCUACCUGAGGAUCCAUGAAGCAAGUCACACCGACACUCGAUACAAGUGUAAAAUCUGCAGUUACGGUUUCACGCAGAUGUCUAGUUUGCACAAACACAUGCGCCGGCGCCACAGUCACGACCCUGAGCCCGUGUGCGUGUCGUGUAACACACCGUUUGAUAGCAUAGAACUACUGGCUAGUCACUUGAGGGAAACGCAUGGAGAAGAAAUGACUUAUAAGUGCACUUUAUGCGAAGAUGUAUUUACAGAAGCAAAGGACUGCGAUCUGCACAUGAAGUUAGUACAUAAGAAGAAGAAGAAGAAGCACGUUAGACCAUCGCGCCCCGGCCGCACGAGUAUCUCAUCAUAACUUUAAAGAUAAAGAUAAAAUAUUCUUUAUUGCACGCAAACAGAAACAGUUUCAGAAACAUAGGACAGACAAUAUUUCAUUACUAUGAAGUAACUUCAGUGCAGCUUUCAUUCAAGUUUAGAUUACUUCAUUCCUUUAGAAAUGCUUUUUCAUUUGUAAUUAGUAUUAUUUACACUGUGUAAAUAAAAAAAAACAUCCAUUAGGGUGAGAACGAAUAAAUAAAUUGAAUUGAAUAAAUCACUUCAACGCUAAAGCUAUUAUUGUUUGUAUCUUUAGGGUAAAGCACUAAAGAGUAACCUCAAUUGCUUACGUACUACGCUCAUGACCGCAUAUAAUAACAUUUACUGUAUGUUUGAAUAGUCCACUGAGAGACCCACUCUCAUGGAAACAGACUAGUUAGGGAAUCUUACUAAUAUUAUACACGCGAAAGUUUCUUAUUAUGUUUAAAACUACUGAAGAGAUAACAGUUUCAUAGGAACCUGACAACCUGGAUUGACAUAUCUAGGCUAUUUUUUUAUCCCGGAAUUCCCACGGUAAGUGGAGUGGCACAAGUCAGUGGCUAGCCUCUGCUUUUCGUUCUAUAGAUAUACCUUAGAUAUACGCUACAUCAUUUCUAUGCUGCGCUACAAUACUGCUACAGGCGCUACGCCAUGCUACAACGUUGCUUUGCUGCGCUAAAAUAUUGCUACAGGCUAGGGCAUGCAAUACCGGUAUUGCGUAAUACCGGGAUCCCGGACA